AUUGCUUAGUCAUUAUCAAGUAUUUUGAUCGUUAAAAACGUAUAUCGAGUGCGAAUUUUUGUUGAGAGUAAUCGAUUAAAGUAACGAGCGAUAGCCGAACGUAUUAUUUACCGCGGCUGUUUAUGAUCAACAAUCUUUUAUCGAAUGUCUAUCAAUCAGAGUCUAAUUAUAGGUUAGAACAGGUUGUGAGAAUCCAAGUGAGUACACUGAUUUUGAUAUCAUGGACGUGUGAAUGGAAGAAUACAUUUCUUGAACAGAAUUAAAACCGAUUUUCAUUAUAUAUAGCAUGUAGCAUUCAACGUGUGCGUGUAUCUGAUGUCCUUCAAGUGAUCGCCGAGGCGGUCGUUCAUCUCGGUUGCUCUAACCGUCUGUACGCUUUCCGCGAAAUGUUUACGUUUAUAAUAAUAACUGAAAGAAUUAUGUGCGUGAAAAUGUUGCUGCUCAAAGUGUGUUUUAAUAAUCUCGCGUUUGUGUUUUGUGUAUCGCAGCAAAUUCGCAACAUGAAUCCGUGACUUUCGCGUAAGUGUGCGGAUUAAUUUUUAUUCGGUAGUGAGUGUGAUAAGGUGAAUUAUAUUCGGUAGUGGUGUGAUAGUGAGUUUAUUCGAUAGUGGUAGUGAUUAACAACUGCAAAGUUCAUCAAUUCGUCGAUGGAACUGAUCGGAGCAGUUUAAAUGGGAAUCUGGAACGGAUGAAGCAAACUACAAUAUCCUAGCUGGUAUAGCUGAGAGAGCGUACUUAGCUAGGGUACAACGACCGAAAAGAUGCGGCGGUUAGUAUGGAGGGGCAGUUUCUGGUGCGACAAAUCUAUGACGACGAGAUUACAUAUAAUCUGAUAUCCGCUGCCGUCAAUAGACUUAAUAUUCCUGCCAACGAAAUACUUGAAUUGUUUGGUCGAAUGUUUUUCGAAUUCUGUCAAGAUUCCGGUUACGACAAGAUUCUUCAAGUCCUCGGAGCAACGCCUCGAGAUUUUUUGCAGAAUUUGGAUGCACUUCAUGAUCAUUUGGGUACUUUAUAUCCGGGCAUGAGGGCGCCAUCCUUUAGAUGUACGGAGAGACCUGAGGAUGGCGCGCUUAUUUUGCAUUAUUAUUCAGAUCGACCUGGUUUGGAGCACAUCGUUAUUGGAAUCGUUAAGACGGUCGCGAAAAAGCUACACGACACGGAAGUUGACAUGCAGAUAGUGAAGACCAAAAGCGAAUGCGAUCAUGUGCAGUUCCUCAUAACUGACACAUCAGGGCCGGGAGUGGUAUCAAACCCUAUGAUCGCCGAGCUGGAAACAUUGUCUGUUGAACCAAGAGUCAGCCCGACAACAUUCUGUCGAGUUUUCCCAUUCCAUCUUAUGUUCAAUCAGGACCUCACCAUCAUUCAAACCGGAUGCACCAUCACGCGUGUCAUACCACGCGUCACCAGCGGUAACUGCAAAUUAAACGACAUUCUCUCAACCGUCAGACCGCAUCUGGAAUUAACCUUUGAGAAUAUAUUGUCACAUAUUAAUACAGUGUACGUGUUACGAACGAAAAAAGGGGUAAUGUGCGUUGAAGCUGCGGAAGAAUAUUCAAACUUACGUUUAAAGGGACAAAUGCUGUAUAUACCUGAAUCCGAUUUAGUUAUCUUUCUAUGCUACCCGAGCGUUAUGAAUCUGGAUGACCUAACUAGACGGGGUCUGUACUUGAGCGACGUUCCUCUGCACGACGCCACACGAGAUCUGGUUCUGAUGUCGGAACAAUUUGAGGCAGAUUACAAACUGACGCGCAACUUGGAACUGCUCACUGAUAAACUGCAGCAAACGUAUCGCGAGCUCGACGGCGAGAAGCAGAAAACCGACAGAUUACUUUACUCAGUCCUUCCUAUUUCGGUGGCGAGCGAACUCAGGCACUCGAGACCGGUACCGGCAAAAAAGUAUGAUUGCGUUACUCUUCUCUUCUCCGGAAUAGUCGGCUUCGGAGCAUAUUGUGCCGCUCACACAGACUCCAACGGCGCUAUGAAAAUCGUUAACAUGCUCAAUGAGCUGUACACGGCUUUUGACGUGUUAACCGAUCCGAAAAAGAAUCCCAAUGUUUAUAAGGUGGAAACCGUCGGUGAUAAAUACAUGGCGGUGAGUGGAUUACCGGAGCCCUGUCGUUGUCAUGCACGAUGCAUCGCUCGUCUAGCGCUCGACAUGAUGGAUCUCGCUGCUGACGAAGUGCAGAUCGAUGGGGAACCCGUGAAAAUCACGAUUGGAAUACACAGUGGAGAAGUAGUUACUGGUGUAAUUGGCCAUCGUAUGCCUCGUUAUUGUUUAUUCGGAAAUACUGUGAAUCUCACUAGUCGAACGGAGACCACCGGUCAACCAGGAAAAAUCAAUGUUUCGGAAGAUGCUUACAGGUAUCUAUGUAUGCCCGAAAAUCAAGAUCCACAGUUUCUUUUGGAAUACAGAGGUCCUGUUUCUAUGAAGGGAAAAUCCGAGCCUAUGAACGUGUGGUUUUUAUCCAGAGAAAGAGAAUUGACGUCAUAAAUGUUACGACAUUUGUUUUUUGCAUUGAAUUUUAUAGCAAUAAUUUCAAGAAUUAGUUUGAGAAUUAAAAUCAAUAUAUUAUGGAAUAAUAAAAUUCGUACAUUUGUUCAAAGAGAUAGCUGAUAAUGGAGAUAAGGUGUUAACAAUGAGUGUGUUUAUGUAAGACACUUUUACGACUGUAUGUAUUAUAUGCAGAAGAGUUUAUAAAGAGUUUAUCGCAUUGGAACAUCAUUGAUGUCGAUUGUUUUGAAACAAAUUGUAUAAUUAAAUGCCAUCACUUCGCCGGCGAUAAGUUGUUCGGCAGCUGUAAGUGUACAAGGUAAUUAAAUAUAAUCGUUAUUUAUUUGGUGA